UGUCAUUGUCGCCAGACAACUUUUUCGCUCGGGAAAUUUCUAGAAUUUCGAAGCAAUUGAGAUUGGACACUUUCAUUCAUUAGUCUAAACCUAAGUGUUAGGUGCGCUAGUUCGUGGUUUAUGUUAUUUAAGCACACCAGAUAUUGAUUUACCUCAGGACUCAACAAAAAUGGUAAAAGAGACGAAGUUUUACGACAUCCUAGGUGUUAAACCAGGAUGUUCUCAGGAGGAUUUAAAAAAAGCGUAUAGAAAGCUAGCUCUAAAGUAUCAUCCUGACAAAAAUCCCAAUGAAGGUGAGAAAUUCAAACAAAUAUCUCAGGCCUAUGAAGUACUUUCUGACCCUGAGAAAAAAGCUAUUUAUGACAAAGGUGGCGAGCAAGCUCUUAAAGAGGGAGGCCUUGGUAGAGAUUUCUCCAGUCCAAUGGAUAUAUUUGAUAUGUUCUUUGGCGGUAGUGGUUUCGGUGGCGGACGAAGCAGAAGAAGAGAAAGAAAGGGCAAAGAUGUUGUUCACCAGCUGACAGUUUCUCUAGAAGAAUUGUAUAAGGGUGCACUUAGGAAAUUAGCAUUACAAAAGAAUGUGGUCUGUGAUAAAUGCGAGGGAAGGGGUGGUAAAAAGGGGGCUGUUGAAAAGUGUCCCACAUGUGGUGGUACUGGUAUGCAGGUUCAAGUGCAACAGUUAGCUCCUGGUAUGCUUCAACAUAUCCAAACAGUUUGCUCGGACUGCAGAGGUCAGGGAGAUCGAAUCAAUCCAAAAGACCGUUGCAAACAGUGUCAAGGUAAAAAGGUUAUUCGUGAUCGUAAAAUCCUGGAAGUUCAUAUCGACAAAGGCAUGGUUGAUGGCCAAAAAAUUGUGUUCAACGGAGAGGGUGAUCAGGAACCUGAAUUGGAACCAGGGGACAUAAUAAUAGUGUUGGAUGAGAAAGAACACCCUGUCUACAAAAGAAAUGGAAGUGACUUGAUCCUACGCCUUGAUAUUCAACUUGUUGAAGCACUUUGUGGUUUCCAGAAGGUAAUAAGAACUUUAGAUGAUAGAGAUUUAGUUAUCACCCAGUUACCUGGAGAAGUUGUUAAACAUGGGGAUGUGAAAUGUAUCCAAAAUGAAGGAAUGCCUCGUUAUAAGAAUCCAUUUGAGAAGGGGCGUCUUAUUGUUCAGUUCUGGGUACAGUUUCCAAAAGCCAUUCCUCCGGAACUUGUCCCACAACUAGAAAACUGCUUGCCACCGAGAGAAGAAAUCAUGAUUCCUGAUGAUGCUGAAGAGUGUAUUUUGGAGGAGUUUGAUCCUGAGCAAGAGGCUAGAAAACGUUACAAAAAUGUAUAUGAAGAGGAUGAUGAAAUGCAUGGUCCUGGCCAGAGAGUGCAGUGUGCAACUAAUUAAUUGCUAAUAGCCGUUUGUUUAAUAUUAUAUGUAGCACAUGUAUCCAUAGCCCUAUUCGCAAUCGAUUUUUGACAAAAAACGCGAUUUUUUUUUAAGUUAAUGGACUUUAAAAAUUAUUCAUGGUGAUUCAGUUUUAGCCUUAAUAUUUUUUUCCGAUUUUCCAAUUUGUGUUAGUAAAUGCUAAAUGUUGUGGCCGAUGUUAUUAGAAGUUCAUUAAGUUAAAAGUUCAAGUUCAAUGUGAAUCUGUUUAUUUUUAACUCAACGCAAUUUCAAUUAUGAAAUAAGAUUGGUACUUCAACAA